CCUUCCUGCCUACCCCCACUGUCCCUGCCCUCAGGCCACUCCAGCAUCCGGCGGGCCAGGAACCUCAGACGAUUUCUUGCCUCUUUUCUCUCUCCUCCAGGGGGCCCCGUUCGAUGUCCCCAUCUGCCCACAGCGCCUCUCGUCCCAGCUGCUCCUCCUGUCCUGCCCUUGCUCAGACCACCCGAGCAUCAUCCGUGCUCUGGCCCCUGGCCACCAGGUCCACCCCACAUGCUGUCCUCACAGGUGGCGCCUCGUCAUUCUUGGGGACCAGGGCCUCCUUGUUCUGGUCAUACACAAUGGGGUGUAGAUCGAGCGACAAGUGAGCAGGUCUGCACGCCAGGUGGGCCGAGGGUGGCCAUUCCGGUGUCAGUGUGGGGGUGUGAGGGAACGCUGCAUGGGGUGCAUGUGGGCUGGGUGUGGCAUGCGGCGGUGUGGCACCAGGCAGGUGGCUUGGCGGGGCCCACGAUCAGCGCAUUUGAGACCAUUAGGACGGUUAAAACCGUUAACUGCCUGUCGUGGCGAGGGCGGGGCCCUGGGGAAGGGACGGAAUCCCAGUUGGUCGAGACACCGGGGGCGGGGCCGCGCGUGCUGCCGUUAGGACAGUUAAAACCGUUAGCUGCCUGUCGUGGCGGGGCGGGGCCCUGGGACGGGACGAAAUCCCUAUUGGUCAGAAGAGGACCUGGGGGCGGGGCCGCGCGUGCUGUGGCAGCUGCAGCUGGACGCGGCCACCUCGAAGCCACGUCAGGGCAGCCCCAGGUCGGGCGCGCGCCAGCAGCAAGAGGUGGGGACAGGAGGGGUUUGGGUAGGGUGGGCUGGGGGAAGGCGGGGGGAGGGGCUGAGAAGCCGGAUGGGGCCGUGGGUCUGGGUUCAGGAUUCCAGGGGUCCUCCCGGGCUUUCCCGGGACGUUGGUCUUAUAGUCCCUCCCCUGCCGUUUCUUUCCGAAUGGCGAUGGCAGCUCUGGCUCUUGAAGGAGGCUUCACUUCCGCGCUUAUCUUUGGAGAGCAGUUUUCAUUCGAUUCACAGGGUUCUGCGACCUCCUCUCCAGAUCCCCGCCUGGAGUUGAGUGAGACCGCGUCGGCCCGGGCGGGGGGGCAGAGUGAGCGGAAACCCAGAGAAGCCCGCUGGGAUUUCUCUUUGAUUAUGAGUAGGGAAAACCCUGUGAGGCCUCUGGAAAGACAUGAGAAGGAUUUGGUCUAGGAGCUCAGAGCGUGUCUCCAGGUAAAGAAGAGGCGGAAAAUUAGAGAGGACUGCCGGCCAUUGGUGUUUGAUGCGGGCCUGGCGGGGGCCACAGGGGGCCUGACGUCUGAGUAAGAGACCUGCUUUAUUCUGCUAGAACUUUCUGCAGUGGAGGAAUGGGAGGGGCACCUGGAGGGCCUCAUAUCGCAGCCUCAAGAUUCUUGCAGUAGGCCGUCCGCGAAGGCUGACGCCACGCUUUGGAAGGCUGAGGCAGGUGGAUUUCCUGAGGUCAGGAGCUCGAGACCAGCCUGGCCAACAUGGCGAAACCCCGUCUCUACCAAAAAUACAAAAAUUAGCCGGGCGUGGUGGCGCAUGCCUGUAAUCCCAGCUACUUGGGAGGCUGAGGCAGGAGAAUCACUAGAACCCGGGAGGCGGAGGUGGCAGUGAGCCGAGACCGCGCCACUGCACUCCAGCCUGGGCGACAGAGCAAGACUC